AUGCUAUUGAUAUCAUUACGUACAACCGCACUGGCGUUGCUUUGCGCAUCCACCGCCCUUGCUCAGACUGUCUCGCUCUCGGCCUUUAUCCCACGGAUCGACAACCUCCCCUCGGCCUGCAACACUGUCUACUAUUCAGCCAUUUCCGGGUGCGUACCGGGAGACUUCCAGCCAGGCGCAACAUGUAGCGCUGCCUGCGUACGGGGUCUCAACCAAAUUGGAGACAGUGUGAAGAAGAGAUGCGCCGACGUUGACGUGGGCGAGUUGAGUAUCAUCGGCGUCUUCCAGAAUGGACUGGGUAUCGCGAGUCUGUGUCCUGGCGUUACUGUAACGACCAUCAAGUCAGACUCUCCGACAACGAGCACACAGUCGUCUAGGUCAUCCACAAGCACAAGGGCAGCAUCUUCAUCAUCAUCAUCGUCGUCAUCAUCUUCAUCGUCGGAGACAACCUUAGCCAGCUCGACGGUUGAUGCGAGACCGACACCGUCAAGUUCAUCGACCGACACACAAAACGAACAAACCACUAGCUCGAUUUCAUCGACAAACGGCCUGGUUCUAGAUCCGAAUGCUACCGGAUCGACCCCAACUACAACGGUAGCCGUCCCGCCCGAAGACACAAAAGCUCCCAACCCAUCGCUCGCGCCAGGCACGCAGUUGUCCAAUGCCUUUUCAGGUGGUGGGUCACCAUUUGAUAUCGUCGCAACAGGCUCAUCAAGUCACAAAGAUAUAUUUGGUGGUGCCAUGGCAGCUCUCCUGGCGACAGCCCUGCUCAUCAUCAUCUGUGCAUAGUUGCAUAUCAUUCUUUUUUUUUGUUCUCUUAUUUCCUAGCGUUGUAUAUACGGCUCACGACACGGCGUUUUGGGGCAUUAGCAUGUUUGAUUUGUACCAUAUACCCGUACUGAUGGAUUACAAGAUCGAUCAGUACUACAGCUAGCUGGGAGUGUCAGCAGAUUGGAAGCAAUGGAUAUGUGUACGAUGAUGCAAAGCAGAACGGGCUGUAGAGCAGCGCCACAGACCUAGGCAGAGACACAGGCAGCUGGUCUCGUGCCAUAGUGGCAUAGUACUAUACGCAACGAUGAAUCAAACAGAAGCACACCAGCUCAUGACU